AUGGCACCUGCGCAAGUCCGAAGUACCGGUGACACGACAUUCCUACUCGAACAGCACACUCCAGAAGCCACUCCGAUCGAAGAAAAGAAGGCGCCCAUGAGCGAGAGCAAUCCCAUCGAAGCCGCCAAAACCCAGAUCACUGCUCCCACAUCAGACCCCACAUCGAAACAGUCGACCGCCGCCAUGAGCGACUCCGCGACGACGAGCGAGUCCACACCGAUCAAGACGACGACAAACGUCUACCCAACCGACACUACCGUCCAGCAGCCUGAUCACUCGGCUGCCUUGACCAGCGACAAGUCCGACACCAAGACAAGCGACGAGUCCAACACCAAGCUCAGCGACAAGACCAACGCCAGAAGCAGCGACAAGACCGACGCGAAGAACGACGACUUCGCACCACCCGCGACUUCUACACAGACAAAGACAAAGUCCAACAUGAAGAGCUUCGACCCUGCUCCGUUGCCCUUGACCGACGCCGAGCCCACCCAGUCUGCCACUGUCACUAGCGACAGCCACGCAAUUGCAUGCCCGGAUCCAUCCGCCCAUCGCGAUACCAGGCUUCAGGAGCAAGCCUCGACUGCCGCUCUCUAUGUCACUAAGCCUGCCAAGAGCACAAAGCAGAGGGACGACAUACUCGAUGCUAACAACAAGCUCUCCUCGCGCAGCGCCGCCACUUCGUUGAAGUAUGCCAAUCCUCGCGACCUUCCCAGCUACCCCGUUGUUGGAAUCGACACGACCAAUUCUGCCUACUCGGCCGCAAACCUGGCAAACUCUGGUCACAAGCAAUUCGAACACUGGAAGCCCGACCCGUCAAAGAACGCUGGCAUUGCAGCAAUGGCAGCAAAGGAUUACAAGAUGGCUCCCUUGUGGAAGCCGGAAUUGAGUGCAGCCGGCUCAAAGGCCGCUUUGCUUGCUCACAAGGACGGCCCCAAGUUGAACCUCUGGCAGCCCGAGGCUUCGGCCGAGGGAAACUCAGCAGCCAACAUUGCUAUGCGCAACAAGAAUCUGGGUCCCAAGCUCGACUAUGGUUACACCGAGGACGGUCAUAAGAAGGCUCUCAUGGCUGCUACUGGUGCUGUUGGCAGAUCUCAAUCUCAAUCCGUCAGAAACCCACCUGUUCAGCAUCCCAAGUACCCGGACUCCGCCAACUCGGCACACAAUGCUCUCAACGCUGCUACUAUGGCUCACAGACCAUUAACCAAGCCUCAGGGCCCUCAAGAUUCCAAUCGCAUCGAUUCUGACGCCAUGCGUGCUGCUCGCGUUCAGAACAUGGGUCGCAACGUGCCUCGCGAGAUGUUUGGUUCCGCACCUCCAGUCGACCUAGAGACUGAGGAGGCCAAGAAACAGGCCGCACUUCGUGCUUCUGCAAUUUCAAUGGCCAAGCAGAUGUACGCCCAGAGCGAGAAGAGGAGACAUGACGAAGAGGCUGCCGAAGUCCAGGCGCGCCUCGGUACCAGCGCUGCUACCGCCUCACACAACCGUGUUCCUUCAGCCGCGUCGACUCAGCCUGAUCUACGCCAGCAAGCUGUACAAUACAUUCACUUGCAAGAGGCUGCUCAGAAACUCGCAAACGAGCGUCUCGCAAAGAUGGACCCUGAUGGUGCUGCUCGUUACCGCGCUCACUACGGCUAUGAACAACAAUCGCCUCGUUCGCGUUUGUCCUUGCGCAGUCGUCCUGGCAGAAACCGUGCUGAGAGCAACCCCAAGCCCGUCCAGAAUGAUGACGAUUCUUCUGAUGACGAAUUCAGAUCCCGCAGAAUCCGCCAUCAAAUGUCUUCGUUGAACAACUCAGUCGCUCAGCAAGACGAGAAGCGAAACCAAGACCGUGCUGCUCUGCUUGCAGCUGCCGAGAAGAAAGUGCAAGCUCAGAUGCACCUCAUGGAUGAACAAGUCUUCCAACAGACAGGUCAAGUCACACCUGCAAAGAUGGAGGAGUGGGAGGCCAAGGCUCGUGCUCGCGCUUCGGCCGAUAGUGAGAACAGACAGCGUAACUUCGGCAAGGUCAGCAUUGGUGGUGGAAGAUACAUGGACCAGUCGGAGCUCGAUGCCAUUGCCCAGAGCAGGCUCCAGCCCACCCUCGACCAGAUCAAUGCCGACGCCGAGAAGAAGCGUGCCAGAGAGGAAGAGCUUCGUCUUGACCAAGAACAAAGAAGACGCACUCAGAUGAGCGAGAAGGAACGCGAGAAGGAGGUCAAGGCAGAGAGCAAGCGCCUGAAGGAUCAAGAGAAGGCUGAAGCCAAGGCUGCUAGAAGGGCCGAGAAAGAGCUCGAGAAGAGCCGCAAGGCCGAAGAGAAGCAAGCUCGCAAAGAUGACAAGCGUAGAUCCAAGGAAGUCAAGAGGGAUACCGAAGAGGUUACAAAGGCCUCUGCCGCUACUCACACUGCCGGGAGAAUAUCAACUUCUGGUGGUACUACUGCCGCCACAACUGAGGAGCACACCAAAGUUGAUGACGAGGACAAGGACUUUGACACUGACCGCACUCCUGCUGCUGACAAAGAGACUGUCAGCACCAUCGAUGGCGCGCCCCUCGCGAAGAGCGACUCUCCAGACAUGAUGAACAAGAUAACUACUGGUGGUACCGUCCACAGUACACAGAGCGGCCUCCGCCCAGAACUUGAUCGCCACGUCUCCACCGUGGUCAGCUCUAGCUCCUCUAGCGCUCGUAGCAGCCUCAGUCUCUCUAGCAUUGAUGAGGCCAGGGAAGCACACGGUGUCACGGAAGCACAUGAUAUUACGGAGGCCCAUGAUGUUACCGAAGCACAUGAUGUACGCGUCAAGCCCAUGCCUGAGGCAGAACCGAUUCCUAUCACCCUUCCCACCGCCCAGACGAUUGGCGGUACUGCCUCCAAGUCCGAGUCAGCAGACCUUACGUCUUCCACUGCCCAUCCGACCGCAAGCUCUGUGCCAUUUGAACGACGUAAGUCCAGAGGCAUGAGCGGCUUGUUCUCCCGCUUCAGCCGCAAGUCCAAGCCCGCCGAGAAGAGCCAGCAGUCCGAGACCACCGCCGUCACCCUCCCUGCCUCUGAUGCCAAGAAGUCCCUUUCGACUUCUGAGCCAUCAACCACCGGCGCCACCGCAGUCGCACCCGCGACCAGCGAUGCAGUUUCCGACUCGUCCUUCCGCCGUCACGACACUGAUCUCCAUAGCAUUUCUUCGGUCUCCAGUGACGAGCAGCUUCCCACCACCCGUCCUACCGCUCGUCGUGGACGUAGUAGCGUUAGUGCCGUCAGUGGUGAAGAAGACGAGUUUGAAGAGGCACGCGACCACUUUGACGAGACUCUUGCUCCUCCUCCAACUUUCGCUGGACAGCAAAAGACUCAGAGCCCUGCUCGUGAGACCAAGUUCCAGGAGGAGUUCUAG